UGCACAUUUUGCCACGAGAACUCCAAAAUAUAGAAGGUGCUGUUCCAUGCCUUUGUCAGCUGGUUGCACAUGAGUCAAGCCAUGCCACGGCCACGGCCAUGUGAUAGUAGCGCCCAUGAGCGGCCAUGGUGGCUCAACCCUCAGGCUAUGCAGUCCCAGCAUGGACAAGCUCAUUGCCUUACUCAGGGUGGUCACCGACAUCGUGUCGGCCGUGCCCAUGCUUGCAGGAGCCACCCGCGAACCCUUUGCGUGUGAAGCCUUGUAAAGAGCAUCAUCGGGAGUUUUGGUUGCCACCAAUGGCCAAGGGCCUCAAGGUGCCCUUGGAUGCAGAGGUGAAGGAGCAGCAACGCGACUUUCGGACGAAGAGCCACGCGUGGGCGCGGCCGGUGACCAACUAUCGCUCGGACAAUUGGUACAUCGAGAACCACUGGGCCAUGCAUUCCUUGCGGAAGAGCAGCUCCGAGUCUCAGAUCGCGGCGCGACAGCCUUGGACCAGCAGCAAGCAGUUCCAAUCCUGUUGUGUGGGAGGUGUGGGUGGUGGACGUCCCGGCAGAAACACAGGCAUGGCGGCGCGGCAUCCUCCGUGAGCUGGGGCCCCUACCAGCCUCCGAAACAUGGGCUGUGCACCUCUGACGUGACCAAGGGGGCUGAAGAGAUUAUCCGGCAAAAAGCGCUGGAGCGGAAAUAGCUGAAGCAUCGGCGCCCAAAUGGCUGGGCUGGGGCAGAUGGAGCAUUUGGAGUUUGCAGGGUGAGCAUC